GACUGUCCCACUUCAGUUGAAGCUCUUCGUCGCUCCACGUCGCCAUGGGCCAUCGAGGAUCUAAACAACCCGAGGCGCAGGUUCUGCUCCUGGGCCUGGACAACGCCGGGAAGUCGACUCUCCUCUACAAGCUGAAACUCAACGCGCGUGUCAGCACCGUUCCGACCAUCGGCUUCAACGUGGAAAUGCUCGAGGCGAGAAAGAACGGGAAGAGCGUUGCCGUGACCGUGUGGGACGUCGGCGGCCAGGGGCAGAUGCGACAGCACUGGGAGAGUUUCCACCCGGGCGCAGCAGCUGUCGCGUUUGUCGUGGACAGCUCCGACAGGCGGCGCCUGGAGGAGGCGCGGAGGGAGCUGGAAAAAACGCUGAGGAGCGACGAGCUGCCGGGCCGUCCGCUGAUCCUCCUCGCCAACAAGCAGGACGUGGACGGCGCUCUGAAUGCCACGGAGAUCAAGGACAGGUUUAACCUGAGGAGGAUCUGCUCUGGCCGGGAUUGGUUCGUUCAGCCUUGCUCCGCAUCGACGGGAUAUGGAGUUGAAGAGGCCCUCAGACGGGUGGUCCACAUGGUCAAAUUCCCAUCAGACCGUUCGGCGAUGAAAGACAAUAUCAAGGAAACAGUGCAAUACCUAAGAGCGAGUAGCGGACAUUAAGUUCUAUUUAGAGGACAUGCGGUGUUUUCACACCGCCACAAUCUUACGAAUGGAAAUUUGAAAUACGUUGAUCUACAGCUAAACUCCUUUAUACCGAGAAUGAAUCCUAUUUAGAGAGAUCCCACCUUUUGGUAGAGUCGACAGGGAAGAACCAUUACGCAGUGAUUCCUACGCGCUCACGCAGUUGAAUUUUGCAGGAUACUGAACAGUGAGUAAAGGCAUCAGGGUGGCUGCUAUGAUGCCGUUGUAGAUAUCACAGGAAACACAACAGAGCCUACAGCGUAAAGUGUGCUACGGUGCAUUAAACCCACUGCCGAGUGGCACAGGCGCACGAUGGGUGACUGUGGAGAUGUAUGCAUAUCUCCUUUCAAUUAUUAAACAGGGGUCGGUUAUCUCACGCAGCCACGUUCAAAGUGCAUUCAACUCCGGUGUUCGCAGGGGCCCCUCACUGGUCCGGGAUCAGUAUCACAGCUCUUAGGCGAGGUUCUGGUGACAUGGGGCACCGCGGCAGGGAUCCUCGGGUGUGGGAAAUCUCGCUGGCGUUCAUCCUUUCAGUUCGGUAGUGGUGCAUUUAGUAAAGUCGGUGAUCUAUUCACACGUUUCGAUUCUCUUUUUCUGUCUAAAAAGCCGUUCACUCUGCAGUUAUAAAUACUGGUAAAUCAUUAGGGUUUUUUUUUGU